AUGAUUCUUCUAGAGCCUCAUAAUGUUAUCAUCCAAACAACAAUCUUGGAGAAGAUUCUGAAGCCAGGCUCUCUCGAUGUUGUCUUUGUUGAUUAUGACAACGUCCGUUUCCAUCUAUCAACCCCGGAGCGCAAGACUGUCUUGCUACUUUCUAUGAACAUCCGCUGCUGGGAUGAGCUAGUUCAUUAUGGCGCGCUCGACGUUUUGAGGAGGGAAUAUGGGUCUUUGUUAUCUGGUCAGGUCGAACCGGAUUACAAUGUCAGCUUGGUGAUCGAUUUGGAGCAGGUUCCAACAGAUGCGGAGUCUCGCGAUGCAUUUGUGAAGUCUCUCGCAUUGCUGAAACGAAAUGCCCUUGCUGCGCCAUUUGAACGUGGAUUUGAUACGCAGAAAACCUUGGAAAAGGCAGAGGGACAGGGGGAAUUGAUGCAAAUCCAUUAUAGAGACGAAGAAGCAAUGUAUAUCCAAGCCGCACCUGACCGUGUAACAGUUAUAUUCUCUACUGUUUUCAGAGAAGAAACAGACAGAAUCUUUGGGAAAGUGUUCCUACAGGAAUUCGUUGAUGCGCGACGCCAACCAUCUAUUCAAAAUGCACCACAAGUACUCUACUCCAGCCGGGAUCCCCCACUUGAGAUUCGCCAUAUCCCUGGUCUGAGAAACAGCGAAGAAAUUGGCUACGUUACAUUUGUACUUUUCCCUCAGCAUUUCACCACAGCGAUCGCACCUUCCACGAUCUCUCACAUUCAAUUAUUCCGUGAUUAUUUGCAUUACCACAUCAAAUGUUCCAAGGCGUAUAUGCACUCAAGAAUGAGGCAUCGUGUCACCGAAUUCCAGAAGGUCCUCAACAGAGCAAAGACGGAGGUAGCCACAACCGAGAGAAAAACCGCGAGCGGACGCACAAUGGUAUCUCGAUGA